AUGGAGGAAAUACUAAAUCCAAGGAGACUUGGUCCUUCCCAUGAAAAGACUGAGAACAAGAGGCGACAUGAUCCCGUUCCCCGGGAUAAGCGCAGGAGCGAGGCGCCAUCAGCACCUCUUACUCGGUUGAACACCUCUAAGACAAACAUUUUGAUGGAGGUUAAGGAUAGGAAAGAAUUAAAGUGGCUUUCAAGGAUGAAGUCGCCCCCUAGCACAAGAGAUAGGAGCAAGUAUUGCGAAUUUCACCGGGAUCAUGGGUAUACUGCAGAGGAUUGUCAUGCUUUACAGCGAGAAAUUGAAGCCCUUAUCAAAAGAGGAUUUUUAAAGAAUUACAUUGGUUAUGAUAAACAACCAAGGAAUGAUCGUGACAAUCGGAAAGAGCUUGGGGCCGGAAGCAGUGCUCAACCAACUGUCAGAACCAUUAAUAUUAUCGUUGGGGGCAUAGCAUCCGACGGAGACACAAGUAGUGGGCGAAAGCAGUAUGCCUGCCAACAUACUCAUACCUUAAGAGAAUCCUGUGAUGAAGUCAAAGACAUCACUUUCAGAGCAAGAGAUUUGGAAGGAUUAUCACAUCCUCAUGACGAUGCCUUAGUCGUCUCUGCGGUUGUGGCAAACUUCGAAGUAAGUAGGAUUCUGGUUGAUAAUGGGAGUGUAGCGAACAUACUGUCGCAGGAGGCUUUCGCCAAAAUGGGAAUCUCUCCCAAACAGCUCAAAGUAGUAAAAACUCCUCUACAAGGAUUUGGUGGUGGAGUCAUUAUCCCUGAAGGCAUCGUCGAGCUCCCGCUUACGUUAGGAGCUGGUAGUACACAAGUGAUGGAGAUCACACCAUUCCAAGUGGUUAAUACGCCAAUGGCCUUUAAUAUCAUUCUGGGAAGACCCCUACAGAACAAGAUCCAGGCUAUUGUGAUAACUUUCUACCACGCCAUGAAGUUCUCCACAGGUUAUGGCAUCGGAGUAGUUCGAGGAGACCAAAUAGCGGCUAGACAGUGUUACUAG